UUGUAUUUCUCCAGCGACGCAGUUUCAUCAACCUAUCUUUCCUUAAAAACACACCAUCCUGCACUUUGCCUCGUCCUACCUAGAUUUCGAUUGCAGUCCCCUAAACAAUAUGAAUUGGUUUAAGCAGCAAUUGGCCAACGUCGUCGGUACCGAAGAGCCCGAAUAUGGGCCUUCAGCCAUACGGCCUGUCACCAAACAGGCAGAGACAAAGCCAUAUUCCAUCCUUAGCAAGGAUGACCUACGAUGGAAGGCCCUGGACCAUACCAAUGUCGAGACCGAGACCUUUUAUUUCUUUACGGACGACGGGAUGACGUCCUGGGUUCAGGUCAUCUACAGCAAUGUUGGUGGCAUCCGUACUACCUGUCAAUUCAACAGUAAGAUCUUCGACCAUGAGGGCCCUGGCAAACACCAGUGGUGCUCAGACCAGUUACACAACUUUGGUUUCGACGAACCGCAGACGAGUUUCUACGCCGACAGUAUGGCCAUGGAAUUAAACGAAGCCGGUGAUGCAUACACGAUCAAAUCGGCCAGGAAUGAAGACUGCAUUAUCAAUCUGACCGUCACAAGGAAAGCCCCAGGAUUUCAAGUCGGCAACGAUGGUACAACCUACUUUGGACCAGAUCCCGCCGAACCCUGGGGUUCGAUGCGACAUGCCUUCUGGCCUAGAUGCUCCGUCACCGGUACCAUGCAGACACCCUCAAAGACAUACGAAAUGAAGGGAAGAGGAAUGUAUGUGUAUGCUCUCCAAGGCAUGAAGCCUCACCAUUUGGCAUGCAGGUGGAAUUUUGUCAAUUUCCAAACACCAACUUACUCAGCUGUCCUGAUGGAAUACACAACACCCCAGUCUUAUGGGAAGACGGUGGUAUCAGUUGGCGGUAUCGCCAAAGACGAUGAACUCGUCACUGCCGGUCUUUGUGAGGCCAAACAUGUCACUUCGAAGCCGGAAACCGAGAAUGACUGGCCUGAACCAAGAACAGUUUCUUUCGAAUGGAAGGAUCAGCAUGACGGCAAGACUGUGGUUGGAGAAAUCAACGGUGAUCUCCCACCGAAAAGCGAUCGGAUCGAGGUUCUCGCUCAUUUGCCCGGAUUCGUAAAGUCCUUCAUCCAAGGCGCGACGGGCCUGAAGCCACAUAUCUUCCAGUACUCCUCGAAAGAUCAACUGACACUGAAAGUGAAAGAUGGCGAGCAAGAAGUGUCCGAAAAGGGCCAGCUGUUCUGUGAAGCCACCUUCAUAUCCUGACGAACUCACGUAUGUGUAUAAUGACCUACAUAGAAUUGGCCGGUCGGAUGACCUACGAUUGGAUAUAUUGGCAGUUCUAAUGUCUAAUGCCCUAAGCCCUGAUUCCCCUCUCUUACAACGUCUUAUCAGAUCUCUUCACUUGGGCUUCAAAAAGCCCUCACAUGCCGGACUGACAUGUGAAAUACUUUGUUACAAACGUUCUCACCUCACCUCACCUCACCUCACUUUCUACAUCCGUUCUUGACAAGUCUCGAC